CCUAGUCUCCUCAAUCACCACUUCCCCAAGCACUCCCCAACUCCCUCACCCUCAUUCAUCUCCUCCUCCUAUAUAGAUCUAACUUCCCCCCUCAAAAAACUCCCCAAACCCUCCUCUCGUACACUCUCUCUCUCUCCUUCUCCUUCCUCAAUGGCGCGCAGCAAAGGCCCCAAACCCUUAGCCGAAGCCCCACCCGAGCCCGAGUCCUCCGACGAGGAAGAAGCCUCUCGUUCCUCCUCCACCGAACUCGAAGAAGACGCCCUCUCUUCCUCCGACUCCGACGACGAACAACAACAACAACAACCACCCCCUUCAACUCCUCCUCCUCCACCUUCCGCCGCUAAAAAACUCCCCACUUCCGCACUCGCAACCACCAAACCCAAACCCGUACUCGAACACUCCUCUUCCUCCGACGAUGAUGAUGAUGACCAGCCUCUCCCCAAACUCAAAACAUUCUCCUCCCCUAAGCCCAGAUCUAAGACUACUGUUUCUGGACCCGCCUCCGAGAAACGCCCCUCUGAAAGCGAAGACAAGGGCCCAUCUAAGAGGCCCAAGAAGGAGAAAUCUGGGCCCACUACUCCUGCUGCUGCUCAAGAAGAGGGGUCCAAGAAGUUGUUUCAGAGGGUCUUUAGUGAGGAUGAUGAGAUUGAGAUUCUUAAAGGUAUGAUUGAGUAUAGGGCCAAGAAGAAGGCAGAUCCUAUGAAUGACGUUGAUGAUUUUUAUGGGUUUAUCAAGAAAUCUGUGCAUGCUGAUGUUAAUAAAGGUCAGAUGGUGGAUAAAGUUCGUAGGUUGAGGAAGAAGUUUCAAAAUGCUAAGAAGAGGAAGCUCACUAAUUUACAUGAAAUUCAGGCUUUUGAGCUGUCUAAGAAGAUUUGGGAAAGUAAUGUUGCUGCGGAUGAUGCUGGGGUUGCGGAUGAGAAGGCUAGUAAUGGGGUUCUUGAGGUGAAUAAUAAUGCCGGGGGGCCGGCACCGGCAGCGAAGUCGAAUACGAAACCAAGGAGCGUGAAAAGUAAGGCUGGGGCUGGGGCUGUGACUGUGGCUGUGACUGGGAAUGCGGAUGAUAAGAAGAGUAAUGUGGAGGAGGAGGAAGUGGAAAAGGGUGUGAAGAUGAUUGAAGGGGUUCAGAAAGAGGAGGAUGUUGAGGUUGGAGAGGCGGUUUCGAUGGAUAGGAUUAGGAAGGAAGGGUUUAAGAAGAUGGGAGCCAAGGCGAGGGCUGAGAUUAAUGCUAUGUGGGAUAAGGUGGCGUUGGCGAGAUUGAAGAUGGAGAUGCUGCAGCAUGAAGCACAGGAGGAGGAGAGUCGGAGGAUUAUGGAAGCUCUUGGUCAUUAACAAGAUGGUAAUAGUGAAGAAGUUCAAUGUGGUUAGAUUUCGUCAAGCCAAGCGAAGGUUAGAUGAUUUGUGGUAGGUAUUUUGAACUUUGAACGCGAAUUGUUAGCGAUGGUUGUCUUUUAUGUGAAGCCUUAGGAUGUACAUCCCUGUUUUUAAGAGGCUUUUUAUGUUUAAAUAGUUUGAGGGUACAGUUGUUUCUUUA